CGCAUGCGCACUCUGACAGCUAGCCUAGCAAAGCUAACAACAUUAGUGACGUUUUGGUUUCGACAUUGUUGUUUUCAACGAAUUGGUGUUUUUUAUUUAAACCUUUUUGUUGUCAUCUUUUGUGUUCCCGUUGUUUAAUAUCAGCAUUACGCUGUGGAGUUGUGGUGGAAGCUGCAAACAUGAAAUGGAUGUUUAAAGAAGAUCAUUCUCUCGAGCACCGGUGUGUGGAAUCAGCCAAGAUCCGAAACAAAUACCCCGACAGGGUACCUGUGAUCGUGGAGAAGGUAUCUGGUUCUCAGAUAGUGGACAUCGAUAAACGUAAGUAUCUGGUGCCGUCGGACAUCACUGUGGCUCAGUUCAUGUGGAUCAUCAGGAAACGCAUCCAGCUGCCCUCGGAGAAAGCCAUCUUUCUGUUCGUGGACAAAACCGUCCCUCAGUCCAGUCUGACCAUGGGACAGCUGUAUGAGAAGGAGAAGGACGAGGACGGUUUCCUGUAUGUAGCCUACAGUGGAGAGAACACGUUUGGAUAUUAAACGAAGACCCGCCCACUUGUUUUCUUCUGGAUGAGUGUGUGUGUGUGUGUGUGUGUGUGUGUGUGUGUGUGUGUGUGUGUGUGUGUGAGACAGACUGAUAUUUAAUAAGGAAUAAACUGUGUGAGUGUCCCUGCAGUUGUAGUGUUCAUGUUAGUGUAUCUCUGUGAGUGAUAUGAUGAAGAUGAUGAUGAUGACGAUAUAAUCAGAGGUGCUGCCAUGACGAUCUACAUUAUUAAUAAUUAUUGAAUGCAUAUUAAUCACUUUUAGACAUUUAAUUUUAUUGACCCCUGUAUAAAUCUCUAUAUAUAUAUCUCUGUAUUUAAGAGGUGAUGUAAACGGUAAGGUAGCUGGAAGACCGAACCAUUAAACACUCACUCACAUGA